AUGGCGAUCCAAGCGGCAGUCGAGACGGUCGAGAUGCUAGAUUCAAGCUGCUUACAGCAUACGCACUACGCACACAAGCGUAGCGCGUAUGCUGUAAGCAGCUUGUGCGUGCACACCCUGCCGGCUAACUUUGGACGACUGUCAGCCUUGAGGACGCUCGAGCUGCGGGAGAACAACAUGAUGACGUUGCCUAAGAGCAUGAGCCGUUUAGUGAACUUGCAGAGGCUCGAUAUCGGCAACAAUGACUUCACGGAGCUGCCUGAAGUUGUGGGAGAUCUCAUCAAUCUCACGGAGUUGUGGAUUCACGGCAACGACAUCAGGCGUGUCCCGGCGAAUGUCGAGCAGCUCUAACGCUUGAACCACUUCG